CUCCUUUCUCCACUCAACAAGGCGCAUUCAAUCAAACACACGCAAACACAGACAAGAUGAUCAUCCCCAUCCGCUGUUUCUCCUGCGGCAAGGUCGUCGCUGACCUCUGGGAACGCUACAUGAUCCUCCUCGACGAUGGCAUGGCUGACGGUGACGCCAUGGACAAGCUCGGCUUGACACGCUACUGCUGUCGCCGUAUGCUCAUGACCCACGUCGACCUCAUCGAGAAGCUGCUCCGUUACAACCCCAACGAGCGCGACAUCAUCAGACAGCGCGUCUAAACCUCUCUUCACACAACACAAUACCUUUUGCAUACAACAACCUGGCGUUAUUCGGUUUCAAUUCAGCAUGGAGUUCUGGGCGGCGGGACUUUUCGAGAAAAGAAGGGAUUGAACUUGGUCGAGAAAGUCAAACAAUUCGAGGAAUGCAUGGAAGAAGUCAUGAAAGAGAAAGAGAACAGCCCGAGGAUAAAGGCGCGUCUCGAAAGAAUCACACUCAAACCCACA